AUGCAGCUGACGCACCUGCUUGUUAUUCUUGGAGUGCUCAGUUUUUGUCGUUCCGACAAAAAGUGCACGUCGCCUUCACCUUAUUUCUCAUGUCGUGGAACAGUGGUGAUCAUUAUAGAUGGGACCCAUCACAUGCAGUCACAUGGUCAAAUCAAGAAGGAGAUUUCCUACAUCGAAAACGUUGUGGUGCCCAGACUCGGCAUUGCAAAAGAGUUUAAGGUUGCAUUUAUGCUAUCAGGAGUCGGUGAUAACUAUGAAGCGCGUACGAAAUAUGCUUGUUCGCAUAAGGAGGCUUGUUCCGAGCUGGAGUCCAUGCAGUGCAUCGCUGAUAAGAAGGGUCUGCAGAAGGAAAAUCUCAGGAAAAUACUUGAUCAUAUGUACUGGAACUACGAUCACGGGCACGCGGUGAUUCUUUUCUCUAGAUCCGAAGAUGAGGACGAGAUAUCCGAGGCCGCUGAGUACGCCCGGAAAUACCUCACACGUGACGAGAUCACCGUAGUAGCGCUAAGCGGUAAUGUACAUCCGUGGAAGCGAUUUCCAGCGGUUUCUGUUUACGCGGUCGACGUCACUGCUCUGGAUGACUCAAAUCAUCUCGACUACUGUAUCGCCGAGAGGAGCUGCAUCCUUACGGGACAAUGUAAAUCCACUGGCGUUACUGUAUUAACUUUAAUUAUUCGUUUCUUGAAUUUCAUUCGAAAGUAUGGUUUGGUCAAAACGGCAUGA